CUCCCGCACACAUGCCCUGCCCCGCGCUUCUACUCGCCAGCCUCGCCGCCUUGUCGCCAACGCAGAGGUUGGCCCGCGACGGCUUUGCCGUCUUUGAUGGCGUGCUUUCCCGAGAGCAGACGGCGGCCGUCCGCGAGACGGCCGAGGCCCUCCGCAGUGGCGGCGCGAUGCGCAACCUGGGCCAGGACGGGCGGGACGACGAGGUCCUGACGGUGGAUCUCGGCAUGCUCCGCGACCCGAGCUACAGCGGGCUCAUGGACGCGGCGCGGGUGCUGGCCGGGAUGCCCGGCAUGCUCGUGGAGUCGGGCCGACGAGAUGAGUGUGCCGCAGAGACGGCGGCGCAGUUUGCGAGCGCGUCGACGCCGCGCCUGCUGAUGCUCGCCCGCUACCCUCCCUCCGCCGGCGGCUACGUGCCGCACCUCGACAACGACGCCGCCGAUCCGGACCACCAGCGGGGCCCGGUCGGGCUGCGCGCGUGCGACCGGGUCUACACCUGCAUCCUCUACCUGCAGUCGGGCUGGUCCGAGGCGGACGACGGGCGGCUGAGGCUGCACCGGCCGCGGGGCCGGGCGGAGCGCGGGGAGGCGGCGGCGGCGGCGGUGGAGGAGGAGGAGGAGGAGGGGUGGGCCUUCGCGGGGCGAGACUACGUUGACGUCGAGCCGGUCGGCGGCCGGCUUGUCGUCUUUGACUCGAGGAGAAUGCUGCACGAGGUGCGGCCGAGCUUCGCGCCGCGGUGGGCGCUCACGGCGUGGAUCUGACGAGCCGAGCCGCGGGGUUCGACCUCCUCCUCGCGCUGUCGGCCCUUCCCCCACCCCAAGCUCUCCGCAGGAGCAGCACCGAAGCCGCCGCCGCAGCGCCUACCAGCCGGCGAUGACCUCUCGCUGGACGCUUCGCUCGAGGCUGGAGGCCGCGAGGGC